AAAAUCAACUUGUAUUUGUUUGAACCUAAAAAAGGACCAGGACCAGGGUUUUAAUGUUUUCUAAUAGAAAGAGUAAAUUGACAAAAUUUUAAUUUGUCUUAGUGAACAACAAAAGUAUAAUUUUUGUAUUUACAUUUAUCUUUUACCCCUAGAUACAGCGUUCCAUCUGCCACACUGUGUAUUAGAUUACAUCUGUCUGAUGUCACACUCUGGUUUCCAACACAACCAAGGAUAAAUGGAUUAGUAAACGGAAAGAUCAGAAGAUAGUAGCACAAGCAAAUAUUCAUAUUUGAUUUGAAAUACUGUGAAUUCUGUAUCUUCUGUAAUAUUUCUUACUGAAAACCACUUAAAAAAUGGUUCUUAUUCAGCAGCAGAAAAAUGACGUAAAGUCUCAGAUCAAACAUUUCUAGUUUUCGAAAUACGUUAUCUGUAAUGAGGUUUAGUAAAAAUGUAUAAUGAGCUCAUCAUACCACAUUAUUUAUUAGCCUGUGUGGUUAAAGUAUUACCACAUAUAAUGUUGCAGAAGACAGGAGCACUCGGUAUAACAGUGUGGCACAGAACAAGAACAGUAGUUGCUUGGAUACACUGCUGCAUUUUACAAGAUUAUGUGGUAUUAAAUACUGUUUGGUGCAAUCCACACCUGUAUUAUCAAACAUUAUCAGUUUUUCCUUUCAUUCAUUUAAUGGACUAUAAGGUCAGCUAAAGGCCAGUGAGUCAUGCCAAGAAUUAACUCAGGGGAGAACUUUUAGUAGGUGUGGUUAGGAGAGACUAUAAAAAUGGGUGAGGUGGGUUUAUGAUAGAUGCAUUGGUGACUUUUUACUGUGAAGAAGAACAAAGACUGUCCAUUGCUAGGAUGAUUCUUGUUCUCAAAUACACUGGAGCAACAAUCUUUCUACUGUCUGUUCUAAUUGAAAUUGGACAGCUUUAUCCAAACAAUGACUUUGGCUGUGAAGAGUGCAAACUCAAGGAGAACAAUAUAUUCUCAAAACCUGGCGCUCCUGUGUAUCAGUGCAUGGGAUGUUGCUUUUCCAGAGCGUACCCGACUCCUUUGAGGUCCAAGAAAACUAUGCUGGUCCCAAAGAAUAUCACAUCUGAAGCCACAUGCUGUGUUGCCAAAGAAGUUAAACGGGUUAUUGUUAAUGACGUAAAGCUAGUGAAUCACACAGACUGCCAUUGCAGCACUUGCUACUACCAUAAAUUUUGAAUAUCAUGACUUUAAACAUGUUUGACUUGUAUGUUCAAGAAAUCCCUUGAAUGCAACUUAUACAACACCUACACCAUUGCUCAUGUGUAUGCUAAAUACUUAGACUUAAUGUUUGUUAUUAAUCUGUAAUUGCUCAUCAAUUGCUUAUUAUUUUCUUAUUAUCUAAACCAAAUUACUGUUUAAUUUGUUAAAUAUACCAAUAAAAUAAAAGCAUAUACUGCAACUA